ACGUUUUGUUGUGAGAGGCUAGCUUUGUUAGCCAACUGGCUUGGUUAGUUUUUACCUCUUUAACUUGGCAGUACUACCUAUUUUAUUAAACACUAAGUUUUUUUUGUUUUGUUCAGACCUUUACUGACUUUAUUAUUCCACCAUGUUGCAGUUCCUGGCUGGCUUUACAUUGGGGAAUGUUGUUGGGAUGUAUCUCGCUCAAAACUAUGAAGUUCCCAACAUAGCGAAGAAAAUCGAAGCUUUUAAGAAGGAUGUGGAGGCAAAGAAGAAGCCCCCUGAGUAAACGAUGUGGGACUAUGUUACAAGCAAGAAGAAACACCUUCUGUAGAGAAACUAUUUAUUUUACAGGGUUGUUAUGGUGUGAUGUGUGUACAUUUGAUAAAAGGAUUGAUUAUGUGACAUGUAUAAAAAUAUAAGCAGUGCCUGGAGCAGUAUUCGUUUCUUCCCUUAGUUAUAAAGGCAUAUUUCCAUUAUAGCCUGUUUUUCUAAGUUAAUUUUAGCAGAGACUGGAUUUAAAGAAAAAUAUAACAAACUAGUGGGAUCAUUUUGAGUCCAGUUCAGUGAUACUGGUUACAGGCCUUUUCUAUAAUGCAGUGUGAUGUUUGUAACCUUCUCGUGGUAUUCAGUAUCGCCACAACAGAUGUGUAUAAUAUUCUCUUAAAUGCACUGAACAAAAUGAGAAGAAAACACUUACAAGUGUCUACUUUAUCAAUGGAAGAACUGCCAAAUGCUUUGUCACAUUAGCAAAAACAAUUCUGAAUUGUUUAGCUAAAAAUAAAAUUGCAAAAAUGAAA